CUUUUUCUUUGUAAACCUUUUCAAUGAAUAAGCAUUUAGCAACAUUACUUGCAAGUUACAAAUCAUGCCUUGAACAAAUAUUUGAGAUGAAUAACAAAGUUGAUCAAGUGAAUACUUCAGAGCAGCUAAUUGCUAAUAACGAGAAAACACCCGAAAAAGUGACUGAGCUACUUGAAAAGGUUAAACUGAAUGUUGAUACUGCAGUGAAUAGGCGUUGUGCUGAAGCGAAUGCAGUAAAAGCUGAUAUACAAUAUUUGAUCGAUGAUAUCCUAUGGAGGUUUAAAGAUAAAAUUGCGGAUAAAGCAACUAAUAAGGAUCAUUAUAAGCAACAACUCUUGGAUAUAAUUGCUACACUAUUUGAAGCCGAAAAGCAGAGUUAUAGUACGACAGAUGAUGAAAACAGUCUGAACCAACUUCAUGAGGACAUACAUCAAUGGUUACUUCAAGCUGUACCUGUAUUUCUAACAAUAUUUGCAGAGCAUGAAGAUAGGAAGAGGAUCUUGCAGUUUUUGAUUGAUACGCCUCAUGUAACUUGGGCUAUUCCCUUACUUCAGCCGCAUCCUAUUACAUACAAUAUCAGUGAAAUGAAUGAAUAUAUAGACUCAAUAUCCCUUGUAUUAAAUAAGACAAUAUGGACAGAAGAAGAUAAUUUUCUUGCAGCUUUGGAUCAAUUAGCAGUUGAUUAUACCUACAGUAAAUUUUUAGACAUGUAUCGUCUCAGCAAAGAAAAGAUACAAGCAAUAGACACAAGUUUACUAGAGAUCACACAACGCAUGACGAACAUUCUCUUUAACGCUACACACCAAUUUCAAAAUAUGAAUACACUAGUCAAAAGACUUUGUCAGACAAUCGUUCAGACAGUCCAGCUAUUGGUAGAAGAUACAACGAUAUGUGAACAAGAGCAGAUUGACAAGUUUAUCUUGGAAUUGACCAACAUGUUUCGCAGCGCAGAUAACUCAACCAUUACACUAUUUUUGCCACAAUUUCCAUUUAGAGCACUUUCAACCCAAGCACUAUGGCAGCUCGCCCUCCAAACGCUUUGUCUAAGUGAUCUAUCAGAGCCUACGACCGUAGAGGAAGUCUUAGAAUUAGCACCCAACAUAGAUCUUUUCAAAGCAUUCUUAAAAGAUAACCCAGUACAAGACGUCUUUAUGCUUAGUUGUCUAACUAACAUGGUGGCCUGUAUACCAUCUGGAGUAGAUAAACUAUCUCAACAUGAUUUACUGGGUACAUGUACAAUUAUUAUUAUAUCCUUUGCUUUGUUUAAUACCGCCUUUGUCGAUAAGCAAUUACGCAGUAUGUAUUAUAAAGACGUAAGAGAUCACUUUAGCCUUAUUUGUCAGCAUCACCCAUUCAUCAUCUCGCUAUUACUCCGUUGGACUGUAGAGCAUAUGCCCAAAAUGCAAAAAAUGGCUCUCUACCUAUUUCAUUCACUGCCGUUAGAUAAAUGGAUCAUGCUCACAAGUGAUUUGAAGUGGCUACAUCAACUGCUAUCAUCAAAGAACGCUGUUGACAUUCAAUUUGCCAAGUACAUCCUUGAGAAUUUAAACUAUGGAUAUUCAGAUACUAUAGACACCAUGAUAUCCAAGUCACAGCCAUGGCAUAGUAGACGUCAGCCGUUCCUAGACUAUAGUGUUCACGAAGAUAUUGCCUUUUUGAUACUGGAUGCUUGUCAACGGCACCAACCACUUCCUGAACCAUCCAAAGGCGCAAUCGAUAUGGUCACUUCAGCUGUAGUUUCCAAUUACAUGGUAGCAAAUAGUUCAAACGAGUUUAUUCAGUGGUCCUGGACGAUAAUACAAAGACUCAGGCUGUAUGACUGCCCUGUAUCCACAAGGGCUACUGACAUAGAGCAAUCGCUUACGGCAUCCUUUUUACGACUCAUCCUCAAUAGCUACAACGACUCAUCAGCAUCUCACAGUGCCCUCGUGGUCUAUACGUCAUUCAUGCUUUCGGCUACAUCGCGCCACUUUUUGCGGUUCGAGGCAGGUGAUGGAUGGCUCAAGCUGCUGACAAUACUAAAGAGGGGUAGAUCAGAGGCUGUGAUAAACAUUUUAAGUGAAAUGAUUCCUUCCUUUGUAUACAUGCAUGGUGAUGACAUGUUCAAUGAUGCGAGUUUAACUGACUUUUUAAAACAUGUCUUUCUUACCAAAACACAAAUCGAUCCUGUUAUUGAAGCAAAUAUAUGGCAAGCACAACUUAUUGAUGACUCUGUUAUGGAAAAGGGCGCAGGUUUUUCGUAUGUUGAUCUUAUGAUGCACUGCUGGUUAAAGACUGUGUUUCAAAGAACAGACUGGAUCAGUCAGAAGCCUCUAGUAGACAUGAUGGAUACCCUUUGUAAAUUGGCCUUUAUACUAAAGCGACGACAACUGAUACAUCCGAUGCUAGUAGAGGAGUACAAGCAAUUAGAACGUCGAGAUAAUCUUCAACAACAGCUGCAGGAUGGGAACCAUGAGAACAAUGGAUCUCCCAAACUCACUCGACUUAUCAAAAACAUGGUCUAUGAAGGCACAGCAGUUCCUACUUUACUGGUCAAUAAUGAUGAAUGGUUCAUUUUGAAGGGAUUAAACAAGACGCCUGGAGUAGACAAUCAUCAUAUAUGGUUUGCCUUUGAGGCGCUCAUGACAGAGACAGCUAUUGAGAGAUCUUAUCGAGAGAAUAUUAUGAAGGAAGAACAAAAGACGAUCAAGCGACCGAUGGACUUUUUUUGUAUAUACCGUUGGUUACAUCAUAUACUUAUUACCCCUGCAGAGCAUCCUUUAUUACCUUUGUUCCUGCAAAUGUUCUUUUGUCUAUACUACCAAAAAGUGGACAAUUCGAUCGUUUUGGGGUCCAUCCUUUUCAGCAAGAAACCGGAGCUUUUAGCAAAAUUAAGAAAUCACAUUGCCAAUAUUCAGACGUUUUAUGGACAGAAAAUACCAUCAGCGCCAGGAAUGGCAGAAAAGUUUCAGCAAACCUAUUAUGCGAUGUGGAUUUGGCUUGGACAUAGCGAGUUAAGGCAGCCAGGAUAUGACAUUAGCCAGCUACCGUCUCAUUUUGAUGUUCCUAGGCUCGCACAAUGUCGUUUACGAACUGAAGAUGAGCAACCCUGGUAUGAUGAAAAGCUAUUUUGGAUGGAUUUGGUAGACAGAGAUAGGCUGCUACAAGUUUUUUUGCAGCACAACUGGGAAGCAUCAGAUAAAUUUAGAACAGAAAGCAAGAAUGCAGACAAUUGCUCUUCUUCUUCCUUGAGAAGUAAAAGAUCAAGACUGAUUAUUAAUGAAACAACAAUUAUACCUUUACCUCCAGUACAAUUUAAAGAACCAAAUAAAGUGUAGCAACUCUUGUUAUUUUGCUACUGCUUGUGUUGAUUCAAGCUCUAGAACUCUAUGGUAUUCGUCUUCCAAGUUUAAAUAUGUUUC